AUGUUUACGAUCAAGGGGGUUAGCACAUGGUUCUCAUUCAAGUACGCGGCCAUAUCGAUAGCCCAGCUGGUCUUCAUGUUCCUGUCGACGGUGAUGGCCUUCCAACAGGGCCUCCGCGCGGGGCGGCGCCUGCACGACGCAGUGCUGUCAUCCCUGCUGGCCGCCCCGCUGUCGUUCUAUCACACCACCCCCUCGGGCCGCAUCAUCAACAGGCUGACCAAGGACACCUCGGAGGUGGAUAAAAACCUGGCGGCCAACAUAUCAUUCGCAUUCAGGUCAAUGCUCCAGCUGGUGUCCACCCUGGCCCUCAUCGGCGCCGGCGCCCCCUUUGCGCUGCCGGCCCUGGUGGCGCUCAUGGUGGUGUUCUACCGGCUCUACCACGUCUACCAGGCCAGCAUGAUCCAGAUCAAGCGCCUGGACGCCACCUCCAGGUCCCCAGUCCUGUCGAGCGUCAGCGAGGCGCUGGCGGGCGUGGUCACCAUCCGCGCGUUUGGGGUGGAGGGCCCCCUCAGGGCGCGCCACGCGGCCCUGGUCAACGCCAACGCGGCCAUGUCGCUCGCAAACCAGGGGCUCAACAGGUGGCUGGGUGUGCGCCUGGAGACCCUGGGGGCGCUGUCCACCCUCAUGGCGGCGCUGGUGUCAGUGGAGCAGCUCGGCAGCGGCAGCGCCAGCGCCGCCGCGAUGGGGUUGCUCAUCUCGUACGCGCUGCAGGUGUUCGCCUUGGCUCGGGUGCUUCUGCCACAAGCGCCGCCCCUGGUGUGA